GGCAAUAUUCAUCAUCAAUUUCUGGAAAGGUGUGACAGCAAAUAGAGUGAAAGAUGGGUGACGCUUUGAUGGAGGAGCUUGGAGCUGCAGCUUCUUACCUGAGGAAAUCAGAUAAGGAGCGUCUGGAAGCCCAGACCCGACUCUUCGACAUGAAGAAGGAGUGCUUCGUCCCUGAUGUAGAAGAGGAGUAUCUGAAAGCAUCGAUUAUGAGUCGGGAUGGUGACAAAGUCACAUGUGAAACUUCUAAGGGAAAGACUGUAACAGUCAAGGAGUGUGAUGUUCAUCCCCAGAACCCACCAAAGUUUGAUAAAAUUGAGGACAUGGCGAUGUUUACCUUCCUGCAUGAGCCUGCUGUGCUGUUUAACCUCAAAGAGCGUUAUGCAGCCUGGAUGAUCUAUACCUACUCUGGACUCUUCUGUGUAACUGUCAACCCCUACAAGUGGCUGCCAGUGUACAACCAAGAAGUUGUCAUUGCUUACAGGGGCAAGAAGAGGAGUGAAGCUCCCCCUCACAUCUUCUCUAUUUCUGAUAAUGCCUACCAGUACAUGCUGGCAGACAGGGAAAACCAGUCUAUUCUCAUUACUGGAGAAUCCGGUGCUGGGAAGACUGUGAACACCAAGAGAGUGAUUCAGUACUUCGCCAGCAUUGCUGCUGGUGUCACUAAGAAAGAUGUCAAUGACAAAAAGGGUACUCUGGAGGAUCAAAUCAUCCAGUGUAACCCUGCUUUGGAGGCUUUCGGUAAUGCCAAGACUAUCAGAAAUGACAACUCCUCCCGUUUUGGCAAGUUCAUCCGAAUCCACUUUGGUGCUACUGGAAAGGUUGCCUCUGCCGAUAUUGAGACUUAUCUGCUAGAGAAAUCACGUGUGACCUUCCAGCUCAAAGCUGAGAGAGACUAUCAUAUCUUCUAUCAGAUCUUGUCUCAAAAGAAACCUGAGCUGCUAGAAAUGCUGCUUAUUACUGCAAACCCAUAUGACUACGCCUACAUCUCCCAAGGAGAGACACAAGUGGCCUCUAUUAUUGAUGCAGAUGAGCUAAUGGCUACUGAUGAAGCAUUUGAUGUGCUGGGCUUCACCCAAGAGGAGAAGAACAGCAUCUACAAACUGACUGGUGCCAUCAUGCAUUAUGGCAACAUGAAGUUUAAGCAAAAGCAGAGAGAGGAGCAGGCAGAAGCUGAUGGCACUGAAGAUGCUGACAAAUCAGCUUAUCUAAUGGGCCUGAACUCUGCUGAUUUAAUCAAGGCUUUGUGUCACCCAAGAGUCAAAGUAGGAAAUGAAUGGGUGACCAAGGGACAAAAUGUCCAGCAGGUGUACUAUUCAGUUGGUGCUCUGUCUAAGUCAGUGUAUGAGAAAAUGUUCCUUUGGAUGGUUGUCAGAAUUAACCAAUCCCUGGAAACCAAGCAACCUCGCCAGUACUUCAUUGGUGUGCUGGACAUUGCUGGCUUUGAGAUCUUUGAUUUCAACACUUUUGAACAGCUGUGCAUCAACUUCACUAAUGAGAAGUUGCAGCAGUUCUUCAACCAUCACAUGUUUGUGCUGGAACAAGAAGAGUACAAGAAAGAGGGCAUUGAGUGGGAGUUUAUUGACUUUGGCAUGGACUUGCAGGCUUGUAUUGAUCUGAUUGAGAAGCCCAUGGGUAUCAUGUCCAUCCUUGAAGAGGAGUGCAUGUUCCCCAAGGCCAGUGAUGCUACAUUCAAAGCUAAGCUUUAUGACAACCAUUUGGGAAAAUCUUCCAACUUUCAGAAGCCCAGGAUUGUGAAGGGUAAACCAGAGGCUCACUUUUCUCUGGUUCAUUAUGCUGGCACUGUCGACUACAACAUUAACAACUGGCUGGUAAAGAACAAGGAUCCCCUCAAUGAGACUGCUGUGGGGCUGUACCAGAAGUCCACCAUGAAACUACUGUCAAACCUGUUUGUAAAUUAUGCUGGUGCUGACUCAGCUGAGUCAGGAGGAGGUGGAAAAGCAAAGGAAAAGAAGAAAAAGGGUUCUUCUUUCCAGACUGUGUCUGCCCUCCACAGGGAGAAUUUGAACAAGCUGAUGACCAACCUUAGGUCGACUCAUCCUCACUUUGUGCGCUGCCUUAUCCCCAAUGAGACUAAGACUCCUGGGGCCAUGGAUAAUCCUCUUGUGAUGCACCAGCUGCGCUGUAACGGUGUGCUGGAAGGCAUCAGAAUCUGCAGAAAGGGUUUUCCCAACAGGAUCCUGUAUGGUGACUUUAAACAGAGAUACCGUAUUUUAAACCCUGCUGCCAUCCCUGAGGGGCAGUUUAUUGACAGCAGAAAGGGAGCCGAAAAGUUGCUGGGUUCCUUGGACAUUGACCACAACCAAUACAAAUUUGGUCACACUAAGGUAUUCUUCAAGGCUGGACUUCUGGGUACUCUUGAGGAGAUGCGAGAUGAUCGUCUUGCUUUGAUUCUCACUGGUAUUCAGGCCCGAGCUCGUGGUCUUCUCUCAAGAAUUGAGUUCCAGAAGAUUGUUGAUCGACGAGAUGCCUUGCUAGUGAUCCAGUGGAAUGUCCGUGCCUUUAUGGGUGUCAAGAAUUGGCCCUGGAUGAAACUCUACUUCAAGAUCAAACCUCUGUUAAGAUCAGCUGAGGCAGAGAAAGAGAUGGCCAACAUGAAGGAAGAAUUCCUGAAGCUAAAAGAAGCCUAUGCUAAAUCUGAAGCCCGAAGAAAGGAGCUUGAAGAAAAAAUGGUCACUCUUCUCCAAGAGAAAAAUGACCUUCAACUCCAAGUCCAGGCUGAGCAAGACAAUCUAUGUGAUGCUGAGGAGCGAUGUGAAGGUCUGAUUAAGAAUAAGAUCCAACUUGAAGCUAAAUGCAAAGAGUUGACUGAGAGACUGGAGGAUGAAGAGGAAAUGAAUGGUGAGUUGGUUGCUAAAAAGAGAAAGCUGGAGGAUGAAUGCUCUGAGCUUAAGAAAGACAUUGAUGAUCUGGAGCUUACUCUAGCCAAAGUGGAGAAAGAGAAGCAUGCCACUGAAAAUAAGGUUAAAAAUCUGACUGAGGAGAUGGCAGCUCUGGAUGAAAUCAUUGCUAAGCUAACCAAGGAGAAGAAAGCUCUCCAGGAGGCUCACCAGCAAACACUGGAUGAUCUGCAGAGUGAAGAGGACAAAUGCAACACACUGACCAAAGCCAAAGCUAAGCUGGAGCAGCAAGUUGAUGAUCUUGAGGGAUCCCUGGAACAGGAAAAGAAGCUCCGAAUGGAUCUUGAGAGGGCUAAGAGAAAGCUUGAAGGUGACUUAAAGUUGACCCAGGAGAAUAUUAUGGACCUGGAAAAUGACAGGCAACAGCUCGAGGAAAGGCUCAAAAAGAAAGAUUUUGAGAUUAGCCAACUCAGUAGCAAGAUUGAGGAUGAGCAAGCAAUGGCAGCCCAACUUCAAAAGAAACUGAAAGAGUUGCAGGCUCGUAUUGAAGAACUUGAGGAAGAGUUGGAGGCUGAGAGAGCUGCCCGUGCCAAAGUUGAAAAACAACGGGCAGACUUAGCCAGAGAGCUUGAAGAGAUCAGUGAGAGGCUUGAGGAGGCUGGUGGUGCAACCACUGUCCAGAUUGAGAUGAACAAGAAGAGAGAGGCUGAGUUCCAGAAACUGCGCAGAGACCUUGAAGAGGCCACUCUGCAACAUGAGGCCACUGCUGCAACUCUGAGAAAGAAACACGCUGACAGUGUGGCUGACCUGGGAGAGCAGAUCGACAACCUUCAGAGGGUAAAGCAGAAGCUUGAGAAGGAAAAGAGUGAACUGAGACUGGAGCUGGAUGAUGUGGUCUCCAACAUGGAACAGAUCGUUAAGGCCAAGGCAAACUUGGAAAAAAUGUGCAGGACUCUUGAGGACCAGAUGAGUGAGUAUAGGACAAAGUUUGAGGAAGCACAGCGUAGCCUCAAUGACUUUGGCAUGCAAAAAGCUAAACUGCAAACCGAGAAUGGUGAACUUACAAGACAGCUGGAAGAAAAAGAUUCCCUGGUCUCUCAGCUAACCAGAGGCAAGCAGUCCUAUACCCAACAAAUCGAUGACCUCAAGAGACAGCUUGAAGAAGAAAUAAAGGCUAAGAAUGCCCUGGCACAUGCAGUGCAGUCUGCUCGUCAUGAUUCUGACCUGCUAAGAGAGCAGUAUGAGGAGGAGCAGGAGGCCAAGGGUGAACUGCAGCGCAGUCUGUCCAAGGCAAAUUCUGAGGUGGCUCAGUGGAGAACCAAGUAUGAAACUGAUGCCAUCCAGAGAACAGAAGAGCUGGAGGAUGCAAAAAAGAAGCUUGCUCAACGCCUACAAGAAGCAGAAGAAGCUGUGGAAGCUGUAAAUGCCAAGUGCUCCUCCCUGGAGAAGACAAAACACAGACUGCAAAAUGAGAUUGAAGAUCUCAUGGUUGAUGUGGAAAGAUCCAAUGCUGCUGCUGCUGCUCUGGACAAAAAGCAAAGAAACUUUGACAAGGUUCUUGCUGAGUGGAAGCAAAAAUAUGAGGAGUCCCAGUCUGAGCUAGAGAGCUCCCAAAAGGAGGCCAGAUCUCUGAGCACUGAACUUUUUAAACUCAAGAACUCUUAUGAGGAGUCCCUUGAUCAUUUGGAGACUAUAAAAAGGGAGAACAAGAACCUCCAAGAGGAAAUCUCUGACCUCACUGAGCAAAUUGGUGAGGGUGGAAAGAGCAUUCAUGAACUGGAAAAAAUCCGAAAACAGCUGGAGCAGGAAAAGGCCGAGAUCCAAUCUGCUCUGGAAGAAGCUGAGGCCUCUCUUGAGCAUGAAGAAGGAAAAAUUUUGCGAGCACAGCUGGAAUUCAACCAGGUGAAGGCUGACAUUGAGCGUAAGCUGGCUGAAAAAGAUGAGGAGAUGGAGCAGGCCAAGAGGAAUCAGCAAAGAGUGGUGGACACCCUGCAAAGUUCUCUAGAGGCUGAGACUCGCAGCAGAAAUGAAGCUCUCAGGAUUAAGAAGAAAAUGGAGGGAGAUCUAAACGAGAUGGAGAUUCAGCUCAGCCAAGCUAACAGGCAGGCUUCAGAAGCUCAGAAACAACUCAAAAGUCUCCAUGGACAUAUGAAGGAUAUGCAACUGCAGCUGGAUGAUGCUCUUCGUGGCAAUGAUGAUCUCAAAGAGAACAUCGCUAUUGUGGAGAGACGUAACAAUCUGUUGCAGGCUGAACUGGAUGAGCUGAGAUCCCUGGUAGAGCAGACUGAGAGAGGCCGGAAACUGGCUGAGCAAGAACUGCUGGAUGUCAGUGAAAGGGUUCAGCUACUGCACUCUCAGAACACCAGCCUGCUAAAUCAGAAGAAAAAGCUAGAGGGAGACACUGCUCAGCUUCAGACUGAGGUGGAAGAAGCUGUCCAAGAGUGCAGGAAUGCUGAGGAAAAAGCCAAGAAAGCCAUCACUGAUGCUGCCAUGAUGGCAGAGGAGCUGAAGAAGGAACAGGACACCAGUGCUCACUUGGAACGUAUGAAGAAGAACAUGGAGCAGACCAUCAAGGACCUGCAGCACCGUCUGGAUGAAGCUGAGCAAAUCGCCAUGAAGGGUGGCAAAAAGCAGGUCCAAAAACUAGAAGCCAGGGUAAGAGAGCUUGAAAGUGAGGUGGAGUUGGAACAAAGGAAAGCCAGUGAUUCUGUAAAGGGAAUUCGUAAAUAUGAGAGACGAAUUAAGGAGCUCACCUACCAGACUGAGGAGGACCGCAAGAAUCUGGCUCGUCUUCAGGACUUAGUAGAUAAACUGCAACUGAAAGUUAAGUCAUACAAGAGAUCUUCAGAGGAAGCUGAGGAGCAGGCUAAUGCCCACCUUGGCAAGUUCCGUAAGCUGCAGCAUGAGCUGGAUGAAGCGGAGGAAAGAGCUGAUAUUGCAGAGUCUCAGGUCAACAAACUGAGAGCUAAGAGCCGUGACACUGGUUCUAAGAAAGGGCAUGAUGAAGAGUAAAGCUCUCGUGAAUCACUUCUAAAAGUUUGUGGUUUGUGAUUUAGCUUGAAUUAUUUGCCUGUAACAAUAAAAUAAAGUGAAUGUGCAAAUUA